GUGAAGAGAGUUCCCCGACUCAACCAACCUCGCAGAAUUUCUAACACUACCGGACACGCGUCAGACAACGGUUCAAGAAGAUGACGUCAGUGACGAUACAUCUUCGUCAGGGAUGUCCUCACAAGUCUUGUCAACCAGCUCUGAGCUAUUUUUAGAUACCACGGGGGUAGGAGCCACGCACUCCGAGUCUGCGCCGCUUGAGCUGAAGGUUUUUGUCGCCAUGUCUCUCGAUGUGAAGUUCAAGCCAACGUUCGCCGAUAACAAAUCUCAGGAGUUCUUACAUCUGUCUGCUGUCCUCAUUACAGCAAUUACAAACAUCUUGCAAGGAACUGGAGACAUCAGAAACAUAACCAUUACUGACAUGAGACCAGGCAGCACAUUGGUGUUCUACACAGCUGAGUACACAGUGAAGGAUGCUGUGUCCAGGGAUGCAGCUCGCCAGGCUGUGUACGCGGCGCUGGAGUCCACGGACCAGGCUGGGUCUGUGUGGCUGGAUGGCUACAAUGUCCUUCUGGCAGGUCCCACGCUCGCCAGCACUCACAGAGAAAUCAGCAACUACACUGCAUCAGAUGCUGCCAGUGCCGUGACAUGUCAAGUGUGCCAAGAUGUCUGCACAAGGAACAGAAACUUCUAUGUGUGUGUAAGCCGAGAACAUGAGACGAGGACAUCGCUGUUUUUGUCUGUAUGGUGUGCAGGCCUCGCGACGCAGACGACAGCCAAGUGUCGAUUAUUCUGGGCCUUGGCGCUGGGCAUCACCUUGCCUGUGGUUGCACUUCUUGUCGUCUUGAUCAUUUACCUCACUUUCGUCAGGAAAAAGCGACAACGAGAGGCAUCCAGCCUCAGCCACGUUGAGCGGGACCGUUCUAGGUUAAGUGAAGCGUUUGGCAAGCAAGCGUCUUUCUUUUCUCCCUUGACUUCUGGCAGCUUCUACGUCAAGCCAGAAGAGGGCGCAGGCAAAGGCAGCUCGCCUUACGUCAGAAACUGGCAGCUGCACACUCAUGACGUCACCUCAACCGCCACUGAGACGAGCGAGGCCAGCACGGACACCAUUGGCUGGAGGUUCCAGGGGCCAAGAGACAGUUACCUGAGAUUUUACAAAGGCCCGACUCCCAACAUUGAAAUGGCCACAAGUCCGGGCGAAGCGAACCAUCUUCACAAAUCUGAUUCCGCCUGCAGUGGCAUCCGGAGAAGCCGACCUUCCUACCAGGCAGAUUUUCGUGGGACGUCUUUACCGAAACACUUCCGAGGAGUUCCGAAUACAGAAGCCAACAGUCGCUAAUCAAGUGGGAUCACCUGUGCAGAGAGCAACAUCAACACGGAGCAAGAGAAAGGAUCCAAACAGAUACGCUCAGAGCACGAGGGUGUAGGGUACACAAUACAAGACUGUUAGUGUGUCGAUAAGAAUAUAAUUAUUAUUUGUCGGCUCACUGAACACCUUCAGCGUUCCGCGUGCUUCCAACAAUGUGUUUGUGUGUAUGUGAGUGAGAGAGAGAGAACACAGAGCUGAACUAUUACAAGGUUUGUUAAAAAAGAUUUUUAUCACUGCCUAUCCAAGGCUUUUGAACAGUUGAUCAUUAGAACAGUAAUUUUUAUUCUUAAACAUUGUGUGUCGAGAAAUAUAAAUGCAAAAAUUCUUUUUAUCCUUAUGUUGUCCUAAUAAAGAAUCCAGUUUUUCGAAUGACGAGUUGAUUGAAAUUGAGUUUUAACAAUUAAAAUAUGUAUUUUAUACGCAUAUUGAAAACUUAAAAUGUAAAAUAAAAUUGUUUUUAACUUUAUG